CCCUGUACUGUGUCCGCAGUCUCUGGUCAUCCCCUGUACUGUGUCCGCAGUCUCUGGUCAUCCCCUGUACUGUGUCCGCAGUCUCUGGUCAUCCCCUGUACUGUGUCCGCAGUCUCUGGUCAUCCCCUGUACUGUGUCCGCAGUCUCUGGUCAUCCCCUGUACUGUGUCCGCAGUCUCUGGUCAUCCCCUGUACUGUGUCCGCAGUCUCUGUUCAGAAUAUUUUUUUUUCUUGUUUUUCUCCUCUAAAACCUAGGCGCGUCUUAUGGUCAGGUGCGUCUUAUGGAACGAAAAAUACGGUAAAUGGUUUACAUGAAAGUUAUAGCAUCUAC